AUGGGCAUCCAUGCUGUUAGCGUCAUGCUAGAGGCUCUCAAUAGAGAUGCCCAACAUGCUACUAUCGCCAAGUUCAUUCAAAAUGAACUUGACGCUGAACGCGAGAAAGUAGCCUUGCUUCACCAACAAGGUUCUCAACAAGCAGAGUUGUUGAGAGAACAGGGUGCUCAACAGUUUGAACUGUUGAGACAGCAGCAGGCUGCUGCUGGCGGGUCGAUGCACUCGCGUCGACCCGAGACCUUGAAGAUUGACAUCUCCAAGUAUAGGGGGUCGAAGAGGACUCCCUCUUGA